CAGCCCGUUUCCGUUCACUGCUGUGGAGCGUGGCUUGUGUAACCAGAAAAAGUGAAGAAGAAAUGAACUCAGUGAACCAUAACAAAGUAGCCUUCUGAGAGGAGGAGGAAAAAGAAUAUGCUUUUUAAUUUACCUGACUUAACGUUUUUGUUACAUUUGAACAGCUUGGCAUCCUGGUCCUCAUAUAGUUUGAUCUCCCCGCUAGAAGGCGGUAGUGAGCUCAUGACUGAUAUCUGGAUCAAAACAUAGAAUGUAGGAGUUGUCACGCCUUUCAUGUAUAAACCACCGUUCAACAGUUUGGGCGAUGACGUGUUUUGUGGGCGGAGCCUCUACCUGGUGGCAGAAAAUGACAGUAGCAGUCUACGGAAGACACGGAAUAAAGGAAUAAAAGAAUAAAAAGAAGAAAGAAAUUGAAACUGCACACUGACCCAACGGCAGCAGCAAACGCAUAAAGUACAAUCGCACCAUGUUUGGGUUCCUCCUGCUUGCCUGUCUAUUUCUUCAUCUAGUAGUCUCCGUACCUCAACCGCCCUGCCGUCGAUGCUGCGACCACCUCCCACCACUAGAUGACGCUGCAACUAUAAGAGAAAGCAUGCCUGAGGUCCGCGCAUACAUCAACAUGACCAUUCUCAAAGGUGACAAAGGUGACCGUGGAGAAAGAGGAACUCCUGGGAAGCCUGGGAUUGAGGGUUCCCCAGGACCACGAGGGUCUGAAGGCCUUAAAGGAGAUAAGGGACAAGCCGGAGCUCCAGGUGACGCCUGCAAGUCCCAGCAUUCUGCUUUCUCAGUCGGCCGACGGAAGUCCCUUCACAGCGUUGACAACUACCAGGCCCUGAUCUUUGACACCAUCUUCGUCAACACCCCUGAACACUUCGACAUGUUUGCUGGGAAGUACCGCUGCCGCAUACCGGGAAUCUACUUCUUCAAUGUGAACAUCCACACGUGGAACUUCAAGGAGACGUACAUGCACAUCAUGCAGAACGACAGCGAGAAGGCCAUCGUUUACGCUCAGCCCAGCGACCGCUCCAUCAUGCAGAGCCAGAGCGUCAUGCUGCCUCUGCAGGAGGGCGACGAGGUUUGGGUCCGUCUCUACAAACGCGAACGCGAGAAUGCCAUCUACAGCGACGACGUGGACGUUUACAUCACCUUUAACGGAUACCUCAUCAUACCAGAGACUGAGUAAAACCAGAAACGGUGGCGGGAAGGAGUGAAAGGCAUGAUUAUGGACAAGAUGCUUGAAAAUGUGCCAAAAUGCUUGAGCAGUGAAGCAACUUUAACAAAACUGAAAAGCAUCCAAACAUUUCAUAUUAGAUUUCUGCAGUCCAAACGAAAAUCCCAGUGCAGUGCAGAGCAGAGAAAUCUGCUUUUCAUAUUCCACAGGAGUCUUGUAUGAAGAAAACCGGUAACUGUGUCCAAAAUGAAGUCCAGUGGUUCUCAACUGGUGGAUCACGACCCAAAAAUGGGCCACAAGUCUGUUCUGAUGGAACAACAAUGCUAAAUAGGCUACAAAUGAAAAAUGCAACUAUUCAUAUAAACAUCUUUAUCUUAAAAAAAAAAAAAAAUUUAAAAAGGAGGAGAAAACACUUUCCAUAUCUUUUGCUGUUGAAAUCAAAAUCUGUGCAUUCAAACUAUAAAGUAUCUAAACAAAAUUCAGUAAUUUGGUAUAAUUUUAUAUCACAUGGUACAAGCUUGUCAAAUUAGGCAGAUGCCCACAUGGGCAGGUUGUGUGACGUUAUAUUCAAAAACAAAUAAUCAAAUAUAAGAAGAAGAAAAUAUGGCUACAUCUAUGGGGUUUGGUGCCAACUAUGUUUUGAACUAUUGGCUGUCAAGAGCAUGAAGCCAUAGAAAUGCUAAAAUUCAUUGUAAUAUAAAUACAAAUGUUUUGUUGUUGUUGUCGUUGUUGUUGUUGUUUUUAGGGAUAAUUCUGUUUACUACUGGAUGAUAAACAGUUCUGAUCUCCAGCCUAAAAUCUGAAGCAAAGCCAGUUGAGAACCACUGAUGUAGCCCAGAUAUUUAGGUCUGUGUUUAAACUUUUUUCAAACCAUCCUAAGAUUUAUUAGCAGCGUCUGGGAAAUGGUAGCUGGUUUAUGUUAGUCGUGAAUGGAUGUUUACAUGUUGUAACUGACUAUCUGAACCUGCUGCUGACCUUUAACGGACAUUAACAGGAAACUGGAGUCGUAACAAAACAAGUUCAUCACGUCGAAGCAUAUUGGUGCUGUAGGAUGUUCUGGGUGGUGUUUAGUGGAUUUGCGGUGUUGUAGAUGGUUGUUAGGUCAUUGUUUACUAUCCCAAGUUAAAAGAGCCCAAGUCUCUGUUGAUAAUUUGGUCUCUUUUUUAACCCUUUAUCCGUCAGGAGAAAACCAGAAGUCUUAGAUGAAGUCUUAAGGAUUAGUUCACUUUUAAAUAAAAAUGACCCCAAGCUUUACUCACCCUCAAGCCAUUCUAGGUGUAUAUGAGUUUCUUCUUUAUGAUGAACACAAUCAGAGUUAUAUUAAUAAAUAUCCUGACGCACCCGAGCUUUAUAAUGGCAGUGGACGGGAUCAACGAGUACGAGCUGAAGAAAGUGUCUCCAUCCACAUCCAUUCAUCAUAAACGCACUCCGCACGGCUCCGGGGUUGAAUGGUUUCGUAAGUUGAAUAGGAAAGGCGGUCUGGCGGACGCUAGAUAUUUUACUUCAUAACUUGUUAAAUAUGUAUAUUUUUUUACACAAAUGCAUCGCUUCGCUUCAGAAGGCCUUUAUUAACCCCUCGGAGCCGUGUGGAGUGCAUUUAUGAUGGAUGGAUGUGGAUGGAUGCACCUUCUUCAGCUCAUAUAGUGACCCCUGUUCACUGCCAUUAAAGCUCGGAUGCGUCAGGAUAUUUAUUAAAAUAUCUCCGAUUGUGUUCAUCAUAAAGAAGAAAGUCAUAUACACCUAGGAUGGCUUGAGGGUGAGUAAAGCUUGGGGUAAUUUUCAUUUUAAAGUGAACUAAUCCUUUAAGCACCGUUUUUGAAGAGUGCGCAUGUGCGUACGUGCUCUGGUACGUAAAAACGAGCCUAUUAUUGAAUCUGGAAAUAAAGCAAAAUAAAUGAGAAAAAUGAGAAUUAGUAAUCAGAUGCCAUGUAUAUUAUAUAUAUUUAUAGCAAAAUAUCUAGCAUUAAUUCGAUCUCAAACGGAUUCAUUUAAAGAAGUUAUUACUCACCACCUGCGUGACAUCAUUCACCACCGUGGCUGAACGACAGGUUUGUGACAAUGCGGUUUUGGGAAACAGUUGUGACUAGCUAGUUGAUUUGUUCAACAAUGCAUCGUACUAUGGUAGUGAAGCAGCGAGUUAUGUCGUUGUACGGGAAAUACACACCUGGUCAGGGUUUUUGGAAAAAAAAGAAAAAAAGUUUAAUAUACACUACUGUUUAAAAAUCUGAGGUUGUUAAGAUUUUUAGAGUUUUAUGAAAGAGGUCUCUAUUCUCAAAAACUGACAUAUUGUGAAAUAUUAUUACAACUUUAAAUAGCUGUUUCUAUUUAAAUAUAUUUUAAAAUGUAAUGUACUCAUGUGGUCAAAGCUGUUUUGUGGAAACGUGACACUUCUUUUUUCAGGAUUCUUAGAUGAAUAGAAAGUUCAAAAGAACAGCAUUUAUUCGAAAUAGAAAUCUUUUGUAACAUUAUAAAUAUCUUUAAUGUCACUUUUGAUCAAUUUAAUUUAAUGCAUUCUCGCUGAAUAAAGAAAUUAGUUUCUUUGAAAACAAAAAUCUUACUGACCCCAAACUUUUGAACAGUACUGUAUUUCAAGAAUAUGUCAUCAAAAACACGUCAUUUGCCGGUUUUAAAUGGGCCAAGAGCCCUGAGAAUGUCUGCUUUGAGUGUGUGUGGUGGUGUAUGGCUCUGUUUAUUGGAAGGAGGGGGGCUUUUUUUUUAUGUUAAACAGGAUGUAUGUGGCUUUCCUUUUUCAGUAGCAAGAAUCCACUUGAGAGAGACUUAGAUGAUAGAAAUAUAGAGAGGGAGAGCAAGAUUAAAUGAUCUGAAACCACAAGGUACAGAUCUCUGCCCCAACCAAUGACUUAAAAGAGACUUCAAUACAAGCUGGUUGUUGGUUUUGUAUCUUAAUCCGGCUUCGGCCUGGACUGCAGAAUCCGGAUCUCAGGAAUGUAGUGAUAUAACAUCUGAGAUAACAAGUAAAGAAAUGGUGCUGAAUAAUAAAAAAACACAAUUGUUACCAAAGGAAUCAGGUGCUAAUAAUUAUUUGUAUUUUGAACACAUCAGGUGCUAUAAAUAACAUACUUGACUGUGAUUUUAAAAAGGGUUUGGUUUGUAUAUUAACAUCUCAGUGGUGCUUUAUGUUAAUGUACUGUAUGGAUGUCUAGCAAUUUUUUUUGCUGAUUUUAAAUAACACAAUAAAGGGUUAAUUUCACUGA